UUCCUUCAACUUCCUAGCGGGAAGAGAGGAGCAGUCCACCUCGGAGGUCCGGAUACAGCAGAUUUGUGCAAAAAUGAAGAUCUCCAGAGCUGAAUAUAAAGAAAUCGCGAAGUGGACAGAGCAGCUGAGACCCACGCGUCAGUGCAUGAAGAUGCUCAAAGAGAAAUUCCCCAAUCACUCUCAGUCCACUCUCCUGAGCAUCUUCUCCCUUCAGUACCAGAAACGAACCAAAAGGACGAUCUCCAGACACCACGCUCCAGAAGUGAUUGAAGGCUACUACAAAAGGUAUCAGACUGAAUCUCAGGCGCGUCCCUCUGACCCUGUGCUGCUGGACAUGGCCAACGAGGUGGAUCUGUCUCCUGCUCUGAUGGCUCGUCUCAUCUUGGACAGGUUCCUCCAGGACUCGGACAGCGGGACACCUUCCAAAUCCGUCCUGAACAGCAUGCUGAAGGAGCCAACUCUGAUUCCAGACCAGACUUUGGCCAAGAAUAUUUACCAAUGCACAAUAAACGACUGCUGUUAUGGGCCGCUGGUAGACUGCAUCAAACAUGCAAUCGGCCAGGAGCACGAAGUUCUGCUGAGGGACAUGCUGAAGGAGAGGAACAUGUCCUUUCUAGAUGAAAACCAGCUGAGGACCAUGGGCUAUGACAAAACUCCAGACAUUAUCCUGGAAGUUCCUGUUGCUGUUGACGGCCAUAUCGUGCACUGGAUCGAGAGCAAGGCGUCGUUCGGAGACGACUACAGCCACCGGACGUACCUCAACGAGCAGUUCUGGAGCUACUGGAACAGGUUCGGCCCGGGCCUCGUCAUCUACUGGUACGGUUUCAUCUCGGAGCUCGACUGCCAGCGCGACCGCGGCAUCAUGCUCACGGAGCGCUUCCCCGGGGACAUCGUCACCCUGUACCAGGCGGGUCAAACGCACGCCCACGCCCACGCCCGGCCCGGAGGUGAACCCGGGUCCAGCCAGCCCGAUCCUCAGUGACAGACGAGGGGAUGAAUGGGAGGAAGGAGAGAGAGAGGGGAAGAGGAACACUUAAGUCGGCACCAUGCAAAUCCGGAAGCAAUUUGGAUUUCCUGACGGGAGACGUACACGCAGACACACAGAGACACGGAGAAGGGACGACGGCCAAAAGAUCUGAGCGAACUUCCAGUGAACCGGGCUCUCCGUCUGACCCCCGAGCCCCGGAUUGUACUGGUUUAUUGGGAAAUCUAAGACGGAAUGUUCAUAUCAGCAAAAGGAACAUAAACUAGAACGUAAACAUGUUUUGUUUUGGUUUACAGCGUUUAAAACCUGCCACGUGGAAGCAGUGUUGGGAAGGUGACUUUUAAAAUUAAGAUUACAGAUUACACACCCCAAAAUGUAGUUUGUAACGGAAUCCAUUAAAUUACUUGAGGUGAGUAAUGUAAUCUGAAUACUUUGGAUUACUUGAUUUGAUGUAGAGAAGCAAAGACGAGGAAAUCUUCACAUAAGAUGUUCUGUCUGCUUAAAGAAAAUAAAAAUCCCAGACUUUACUGAACCACAUUAAAAAUAUUAUUGAUAAAAGAGGAGGAGACACGUCCGUCCAGCUUGGUUUAGUCCUGUUAAAUCCUGUUUUAGACCUGGUUUUAGACCUGAUUUAGAUCUAGUUUAGACCUGGUUUUAGACCUGGUUUAGACCUGCUUUAGAUCUAGUUUAGACCUGGUUUAGACCUGGUUUUAGUCCUGGUUUAGACCUGGUUUAGACCUGGUUUAGACCUGGUUUUAGACCUGGUUUAGAUCUAGUUUAGACCUGGUUUAGACCUGGGUUUAGACCUGGUUUAGAUCUAGUUUAGAUCUAGUUUAGACCUGGUUUAGUCCUGGUUUAGACCUGGGUUUAGACCUGGUUUAGAUUUAGUUUAGAUCUAGUUUAGACCUGGUUUAGAUCUAGUUUAGACCUGGUUUAGACCUGGGUUUAGACCUGGUUUAGAUCUAGUUUAGAUCUAGUUUAGACCUGGGUUUAGACCUGGUUUAGACCUGGUUUAGACCUAGAUUUAGUCCUGGUUUAGUUUCCGGCAAUGGGUGGAAUUACCAAAAAAUAAAAAAUAAUAAUAAAAAAAUAUUAAAAAGCUCAAAUAGCUCAAAAUGCAAAAACAGGAAAAUACCACCAUGUAAUCCAUUUAUUUCAACAAAGUAACUGUAAUCCAAUUACUACUCACUGAAACAGUAACUGAAUACAGUUACUCAUCAUUUGUACUCUGAUUACAUAACUCUGGUACAUGUAAUCUGUUACUCCCCAACACUGCGUGGAAUCACUCUGAAACGUCGGCUUUUUCGCUCGAUUUUAAUGCAUCAUUUUGACUAAAUAAGAUUAAAUUUUGGAUCUAGAAAGUGCCAGAGUAAAGCUUUAAUUAAUGCGUCUUUUAUUUAUUCAUUCGUAAGUGUUUUAUUGGUCAAAACUCUAUUGAAAAACCUUAAUUCGUACAGUGAGCGGGGCCGCCUCUCCACGGAUCUGACCUCUAACCGGCGGCAUCACCAUGGAGAUGAGCGUAAAGCCACACUGCGGAACAUUCCAGGCCAAGCAAUACCAAUCAGAAAAGUUAUAGUGCUAAAUUUGGACAGAUUUAAAACAGAUUUUUUAUUUUUUUCUGAUUGUCGAAUGGACUUUACGGAUGUAUUUUUCAUUUCUUGCACUGUGGAGUUUGUUUUUUCUGAUUUGAUUUGAAUGAAUUUGAAUAAAAUACUGGUCCUACCUGA